UCCAUCUUCCCACUCAUCGCAACCCACCUCUGGCUUCCAAGUCUAUACAUAAUAUAGGGACCGAGCUUGCGGUUUUGCCAAGGGUGAUGGGGACCGAGCAAGGGAACGAAGGAACGGGAGCGGGGGAGGGGCGCGUGGAGGUGCGCACGGGGCCGAGGCCAGCGCUGCCGGCGCCGCAGCAGCGGGCGGUGGACGGGUUCUGGAGGGAGCGGCAGGAGGAGAUGGAGGCGACGGUGGACUUCAACGACCGCAUACUGCCCAUGGCCCGCCUCAAGAGGCUCAUCCGCGCCGAGGAGGACGGCAUGAUGAUCGCCGCCGACACGCCGGCGUACCUGGCCAAGCUCUGCGAGCUCUUCGUGCAGGAGCUCGCCGUGCGCGCCUGGGCGUGCGCCCAAUCCCACCACCGCCGCAUCAUACUGGAAUCGGACAUCGCCGAGGCCAUCGCCUUCACCGAGUCGUACGACUUCCUCGCCACCGUGCUCCUCGAGCACCAACGGGAGGCGCGGCUGGCCGGCCGUGCUGCUAUCCCGACAACGGUUCCGGUGACGGCGGCGAGGGCAAGGCUCAUCACCAGGAAGCGCCACAUGCCGGACCCGAAUCCUCCACGGCCGGUGCAUGGGGUGCGGAGAAUUCGUCCUCGUGCGCUUCCUAUCCCGCCGCCGUCGGACUUUCGCUACGUGCCGGUUCCAUUUCCGUUCCCCUCGGCGCCGAUAGGAGCCGCAGCGAUGGCGGAGGGGCUGAUGAUUCUCCCACCCAUCAACCACGCGACUACCGAGCGCGUGUUCUUCCUGGACAGGAACAGCGGCACUGACUUCGCAGGUGAAAACUCUGCUGCUGAAACUAUAGCAUCUCCGCCUCCUCCGGCAGGGCCUGCAGGAGCAGUGGCGCUGCCCACUGUCCAUCCUGCUGCUUACUACUUGUGCGCUUACCCGGUGACCAACGACGUUGAGGCCUUUGCCGUUGGCAACACUGAUCCUGAUGUCGACCAACACUGACCUGGUCCAGAGGAUUUCAUCGUCGACCAAGAUGUUCUCGACGACGUCUUCGCCAACCCGAGCAGCAGCGCAAGCAGCGACUGAACCGAAAGAAGAUCAGAGCGGGACGCAGCAUCGGUUGAUUCAUCUAUCGUCUCUCGACCUGCUACUCUAUGCUAGCCGCUAUAUCGGUUAAUAAAUUUGGGAAUAAGUUUGUGUUCGUGCGUGUGACAUGGACUGUAUGGUUCGCCCUGAAUUUAUCGUAUUGCAAUAUAUAGCCGUGAUUGUGUGUACUC